UGACCUUUCAGUUCAUCCUAGCAGCAAAGCAGCAAAGCAGCAAAGCAGCAGCAGGAUGUGUUCUUUAGUGGGCCACAACGCGGCCGUUACCAUGGCGACGGACCACACCAGCAAGUCCCCUCCACUGUUGAAGGCUCUCUUCUGUGGUCCAAUGAGCUGCUUGUACUGCAACGCCUUGAUCAGUGCGGGCGUUCCAGUUGUUUUCGGGACCAUCCAGAUCAUGGUGGGAGAGUUCAACAUGGCCCUGGGUGUGGGCAGGACUUACCCUUCCAUCCUGGCCAGCGUGCGUGCGGCCUACUGGCUGGGUGCUGUGUUUGUCACCUCAGGGAUCUUGUCCGUGUGGGCGGGCUUCUGUCCCUCCCGCUGCUUGGUGACCUUCACCGUGGUCAUGAACAUCGUCAGCGCCGUCUUCGCCAUCGUGGCCAUCGUGCUGUACUCCAUCGACCUGGCCAUGCUCUCCACCAGCUUGUUCUGUGGCCACUUGGGGGACGGGUCGGUCCACGACAAAUGUGAAGAUGUGGCCCACGUUGCCAUGAAGCUGAUAAGAGCCAUGAACAUCACGCUGAUCGUCCUGGCGGUUCUCCAGCUGUGUGUCAGCGUCAGCAUGACUGUCAUCGCAAUCAAAGGUUUUGACGUUUGGAAUAACAACCAGUGUGAUGAUGAAGAUGAUGAGGACGUGGAAGAAUUGCAUCCUGGGAUGAAGGACGUCCAUGUGGACAGUGAAAGUGUGGCAGACAAGUGAAAUGCAUGAUGGGUAACAAACAGUAUUGUGUACACCAGGGGUCCCCAAAUUAUUUUUGGAAUGCUUUUUUACACACCUGACCUGCCUACUAUAGACCUUGCUAUUUUACACACCUGCCUACUAUAGACCUGCCUACUAUAGACCUGCCUACUAUAGACCUGGCUCAAACACAUGCUUGCUACUUCCAGUUUCCACAUGAUUGGACAUGACUUUAGUGAUGUUGUUCUUUAGUUUCCACAUGAUUGGACAUGACUUUAGUGAUGUUGUUCUUUAGUUUCCACAUGAUUGGACAUGACUUUAGUGAUGUUGUUCUUUAGUUUCCACAUGAUUGGACAUGACUUUAGUGAUGUUGUUCUUUAGUUUCCACAUGAUUGGACAUGACUUUAGUGAUGUUGUUCUUUAGUUUCCACGUGAUUGGACAUGACUUUAGUGAUGUUGUUCUUUAGUUUCCACAUGAUUGGACAUGACUUUGGUGAUGUUGUUCUUUAGUUUCCACGUGAUUGGACAUGACUUUAGUGAUGUUGUUCUUUAGUUUCCACAUGAUUGGACAUGACUUUAGUGAUGUUGUUCUUUAGUUUCCACAUGAUUGGACAUGACUUUAGUGAUGUUGUUCUUUAGUUUCCAUAUGAUUGGACAAAAAGUUGUGCUCCUGCCUGCAAACUUUCCCCCAUGACUCAUUUCUUCAUUUCAGCUGUCUAAAGCAAGCAGAGAUCAAUGAUUGUUGCUCUUCCACUUGCUAUUUUUACACUAACGCUUGUGUAGAAAAGCUUGUAUUACAUCUUGAAAUGACUAUUAAAAUGUAAUCAUGCACUGCAAA